AUGGAGGACGUGGCCGUGGCUGCGCUCGCCACGGCGCCCACACCUGUGUUUAGCCCCGCCACGGCCGGGCUCACGCUAAUCGCCGCCGCGGCUGCGGAACCGAUUGCGGCCGUUGUGGCGGGCGCCAUGGAGGGGGUGCCGGUCACCUUUUCAGUGCCGCCGGUCAGAACCACCACGGAUGACGGGCUGCCAGCGGCAACAGGAGGGGAAGGGGGAGAGGCGUCGGCAGCGGGGAGCCCGUGCUCGGUCACCAGCGACUGCAGCAGCGUGGCAAGCGCGGAUUUCGAAGGGGUGGGUCUGGGCUUCUUCGGUGCGGGGGUCGAGGGGGGAGCGGUGGUGUUCGAGGACUCGGCGGCUUCUGCGGCCACCGUCGAGGCGGAGGCGAGGGUCGCGGCCGGGGGGAGGAGCGUCUUCGCUGUCGAAUGCGUUCCACUCUGGGGGUUUACAUCAAUUUGCGGCCGCCGCCCGGAGAUGGAGGAUGCGGUCAUCGCUGUGCCGCGAUUCUUCGGCUUGCCCCUCUGGAUGCUCACGGGCAACAAUAUGGUCGAUGGACUCGAUCCCAUCUCCUUCCGCCUCCCCGCGCACUUUUUUGGUGUAUAUGAUGGCCACGGCGGUGCACAGGUAGCAGAUUACUGUCGGGAUCGGCUCCACGCAGCGCUGGUGGAGGAGCUGAGCAGGAUAGAAGGGUCCGUGUCUGGUGCUAACCUGGGAGCUGUGGAGUUCAAGAAGCAGUGGGAGAAGGCGUUUGUGGAUUGCUUCUCAAGGGUGGAUGAUGAGAUAGCCGGUAAGGUGACCAGCGGAGGAGGGGGAAACGUGGGCACAAGCAGUGUCACUGCAAUGGGCAUGGUAGAUCCUGUAGCACCCGAGACCGUCGGUUCAACGGCGGUGGUCGCUGUCAUCUGCUCCUCUCAUAUCAUUGUCUCAAAUUGUGGAGACUCGAGGGCAGUGCUCUGCCGUGGCAAGCAACCCGUGCCGUUGUCAGUGGAUCAUAAACCUAAUAGGGAGGAUGAGUACGCAAGGAUUGAGGCAGAGGGUGGCAAGGUCAUACAGUGGAAUGGCUACCGAGUUUUCGGUGUCCUUGCCAUGUCGCGGUCAAUUGGUGACAGAUAUCUGAAACCAUGGAUAAUUCCUGUCCCAGAGGUCACAAUUGUUCCUCGAGCAAAGGAUGACGAGUGUCUUAUUCUCGCUAGUGAUGGCCUCUGGGAUGUACUGUCGAAUGAAGAGGUAUGCGAUGUUGCCCGCAAGCGAAUACUCUUAUGGCAUAAAAAGAAUGGGGUAAACUUGUCAUCGGCCCAACGUAGCGGUGACUCCCCAGAUCCAGCGGCUCAAGCAGCUGCUGAAUGCUUGUCGAAGCUUGCUCUCCAGAAGGGGAGCAAGGACAACAUCACGGUUAUUGUGGUAGACCUCAAGGCGCAGAGGAAGUUCAAGAGCAAAACUUAA